AUGGCUUCGUUUCUCCCUGUCAAUAACUCGAAAGAUCACCCUAUGGAUGGUCCAAGCACCCCUCGUGCCAGCAACCCAGAGACUUCCGUCCAGGAACAACCUUCCAUAGCAGAGCAAUCGCCGGACUUAAUGCCAGACAGGGAAGAUAUUUCGUCAAAGGUCAUAUCGGGACACGCUAGGACCUCGUCAAUGUCCGACGAAACUAUGCACGGGGACUCGGAUGGAGAGCAUGAUGGAUCGGACAAUGAGGGCGAGCCGGGGAAUGCCCCGCCAUCGAAGAAGAAAAAAGGCCAACGCUUUUUUUGCACCGACUUUCCCCCUUGCAAUCUGAGUUUCACCCGCAGUGAACACCUUGCCCGUCAUAUUCGGAAACAUACUGGUGAACGACCAUUCCAGUGUCAUUGCUCCCGCCGCUUCUCGCGACUAGAUAACCUACGGCAGCAUGCGCAAACGGUACACGUCAACGAGGAAAUUCCCGGUGAUUCAUUGGCGGCUACGGGCACUCGGUUCCAACGCCAGGUGCGUACGGAUCGAGUGCGACCUCCGGGUCGCGCACGAGCAGGUACGGGGGGCAGCGUGGGUGGACACAGCCGGGGCCAUAGCAGGAAUCUAUCGACCUCGAGUAUUGCAUCCACCGCAUCGACAUAUAGCCAGCCCCCGGAACUGCGGCGAAGACCUCCGCCGCUCAUCAUGUCCAACGACCCGGCGGCUCGCUCUCGGUUAGGGCUGGAUCCCAUGGGGGAGCCUCCACGGACACCGCCAGGUCAGAUUCGUGGCAUGGCUGGUCCAAACGUGGCCGGAUCUCCUUACACACCAUCCAACAUGUACACCGCGGGAAUUAACGGCAGCCCGCAGUAUGCCUCCCCGAUGUCCGGUGCACAUGGCUUCUGGGAGGGUAAGACAGCCGCUCGCCGACUCUCUGUGCCCACCAGCAGCAAUCCCUUUCUCGCUCAGCAUGCAAAUAUAUAUCCGUCAUCAUACGCCCCUUCUCCCGCCGGCCCACCAUACCCUACCGCCGCAGGAGUUUUUGCCAGCCCUACCAACAGCAGCUAUCCUUUGUCUAGAGACGAGGCUACGCUGAGUCAAGCAGAAGCUGAGAUCCGAAGAAGAACUUGGCAUCCCUCGACAUAUCCUGUAUUUAAUCGACCGUCAACUAGUGGCCUGAGCCAUUACCACACUCCAGACACCGUCCAGCCAUCCUUCGGUGCCAACAAUUCAUCCGAGCAACCGCCUCGCCUGCCGGGCAUUGAGAGCUUCGACAAAGUUGUCAACCGACCGUUGACCCCUCCCACCCGAAAAGCCAGCCCCAUGCAAAUAGACAGCCACGGCCGUGCUCUCCCGCCAAACUACGGCUUUGGCUCUGGUUUCAACUACAACCAACCGCCAGUGCGCCCAGCACCCCCCAUCUCCGGCCCAGGCCAUCGUCGUGGCCAUGUGUCGUGGGACAUGUCAUUGCACACGAACCUCACGGGCCUUGAUAUUCGAGACCGACGAGCUUCGCGGGAUGCAUCGCAAUGGGGCCAACAAACCCUUGCAGAUAUCCAGAGCAUUGGCUCUCGGCCCUCCUCAUCCUACCAACCAACCUUCGGACCUACUGCCGAAAGAAGCCCUGAAUACCACCGUGGCCAUGCUCAUAGCCUCUCGACUGGAAGCCGGGCGACGCAUACAUCUCCCGAAGACUCCAGCAGCAGCGAGGGCGUACAUACCCCAUCCACCGCAUCGGUGGAAUACCACCCGGCGAUUGUACACAGCAGCGGGUAUAUUGAAUCCCACGACUCUUCCAUUCCCGAUCAUCAUCCUCAACCGAUCUGUGGUCGACAAGCCUCUCACGCCGAUGGCUACCCGGGUCAUAUCGAGCAAGAGCCCCGCCAUGAUGUGUUUGCCGACUCCGCCGUACACAAUUCCGGUAUGGGCCGCCUUGAAGCACUGGUGGCUGUUGCAACCAGUGAAAACCGAGCACCUAAAUUAUACACGUAG